AUGAGGUCUAUCCUCACCGUCUUCACUGCUCUGCUGAGCUUCUCCGACCUCGUCUAUUCGGCGGAGCUCUCCAACGGACGUUCAAUCCCCGAUCGACCGGUGCUGAUCCCCGCGCCGUACGGUCCUGCGGUGUCUCGACCGUAUUCGCCUCCACGACAUGAAGACAAAUAUUGCUUCGUCCCCGGGCCCUGCAAAGAUGGAGAGGACUCGGCUCCUCGCAUCUUGAAGGCAUUCCAGAAAUGCAAUGACGGCGGCACUGUUGUCCUCGACAAAGUGUACACCAUCUCCUCGCCGCUGGACCUAACCUUCCUCAAACAUGUCGAUGUGGUGAUCACGGGCGAGGUGCAUAUGAAUGAUGAUGUAUACUACUGGGCAGACAAUAGCUUCAAGUUCCCCUUCCAGAACACUUCGGCCAUCUGGAUGAUUGGAGGCGAGGAUGUCAACAUAUACGGAGAUCUUACAAAUGAGCAGUCGCUCAUUCACGGACACGGUCAGGCGUUCUGGGAAGAGAACCAAACAAACAAGACGCUUCGGCGCCCACUGCUCGUCGCCAUUGAGGGUUUGCACGGUGGCUCCAUGUCCAAUCUGCGCAUGAAGAACCCUGCCUUUUGGUUCAACAUUAUUGCGAACAGCUCCGACAUCAUCAUCAGUGACAUGCAUCUUGAGGCCAAGUCUGAAAAUGGCGUCAAGAUUGCGAACUCUGAUGGCUGGGAUACAUACAGAUCCGAGCGUAUUGUCAUCCAAGACUCCAUCAUCGACAACACUGACGAUUGUGUCUCCUUCAAGCCAAACAGCACAGAUAUCGUAGUCCAAAAUCUCGUCUGCGACGGCUCGCACGGAAUAAGCAUCGGCUCCCUCGGGCAGUACAAGAACGUCACAGACAUCGUAGAGGACUUGCACAUUUUCAACAUCUCAAUGAGCAAUGCGAGCGACGGUGCCCGUAUCAAGGUCUGGCCGGGCAUCGAGACGGAUUUCCAGAGCGAUCUCAAUGGCGGUGGCGGGCUAGGCCGUGUCAAGAAUGUCACUUACGACACAUUCUACCACUACAACAACGACAGGGCCAUCACAAUCACUCAGUGCUAUGGACAGUCGAACCAAACAUUGUGCAAUGAGUUCCCGGCAAAUCUCACCAUCAACGAUAUCACGAUGAAGAAUUUCUGGGGAGUCACUUCUUCCAAGUAUGAUCCCGAGGCCGGCACCCUGGUUUGUAGCGCAGCAGACCGUUGCAGCAACAUCAACCUGCACAACAUCACCGUCACCGUGCCUAGCGGAAAGCCACCGGUCUACGAAUGCAGCAACGUCGACGAGAGCCUACUCGAGAACAUCACCUGCGUCAAUGCUGAUGAUGACCGUGACACCGGCCAGGGGUAA